UAAAAAGAGGAGAAAUCGUCUCCGGUACAUUGCAAUGUUUCAUAAUACGUGUAUCUUUCGCCGAUGGCUGCUGUGUUUUUUGGUGGCGAUCCACCACGCGCUGUUUGGAGCCGGAACUUCUCAACUCCUGCUCGGUGACGGAACCAAACCCCGGCUCGUGUCGGCGGCGAUCUUCCCGUACAACCCGACCCAGAGCACAGCCAUCCUGGCUCGGCCCAUCUGCGUCUUCCCGUCAGACCCCGGCUCCGUGGUCGGCGUGGUGACCGCACAGGUCGGGAAAGGCUACUCGUUCUCACGCGUGCUCGGAGCCGUGGGGUCGAGGGUGGCCACCGGCGCAGGAGAUCGGGGCCCCUACCUCGCCGGCUACUUCCCCGUGCCCCCCUGCGCGCAGCCGCCGCCGCCCUCCGUGGUGGUGGGCACCGGCGGGUCCAGCGUUGCCCUGGCCCUCCUCGGGAUGGUCAUCUUCCGUCUCGGGGGUGACCCGGCCUGCGCCACGGGCAUCGCCGAUGACCCCGCGGCGCUUGUGUGCAACGGCCCCCUCUGGAACGGCACGGCCUACCGAGUGAAGUUCGUGCUCCUGGCGAGGAGCUCUCUGCUCUCCCCUCCUGCCAUGGAGACGCCGUGGUCCGACCCCAUAUCCACCAAGCCAGUGGUGAGCGUUGAGCAGAUCCACGUGUGGCCCGGCAAGCGCACGGGGGGCAUGGUGGUGGUGACCUCCGUGCUCUGCUCCAUCCUCUUCGUGCUGCUCUUUGCGCUCACCGCCGCGCUGCUCGCGCCCAGCCGAGAUGGCAAAGAGAUCACGAAGGAGGCGCGUACAUCUCAAAUCUCUGGCCUGGAGUCGCAGUUCAGGAACAAGGCGUUUGACGAAGGCCAAGCGGCAGCGGAAACUCUGAAGCAUUGAAAACGGAUGGGGACUCGGGAAGAAAUGUCAUACUUGACCACAAAUUAAAUCUG